CCCUUCAGAUUUUUUUAGCGAGGUUAUAAUUUGCUCCUACAAGAAAAAAAGACUAAUUCAAUUAUUUAAAUCACCACCUUAAUCAAAAUUUGUUUUUUGUAUAAAAGUGCAUAGCUAUCAAAGAUGUCUUUCCCUGAUAAACAACAACGAAAAACUUGUUGGGACUCUAGAGACCGUUACUGGGAGUGCUUAGACGAUGAAAACAUAAAAGACAGUUCAUUAAAGCCAAAAGUGUGCGCUGAGCUUAGGAGAAUAUUCGAAAAGUCGUGUCCGGCUAAAUGGGUGACCCAUUUUGAUAGGAAGAGAGAUUACGACUUAUUUAAACAAAAAAUGCAAAAAGAGGGUUUUGAACCUAUAAAAGACAGUGGCUCAUAGAACAUUAAUCUAUUUCAAUGUUAUUGUAAAUAUAGUUUAUUUUAUUUAGUGAAGUAAAUCAUUUUUCUUUCAAAUUGGCUUUUAUUUAUACAUAUUUCAUUAAAUAUCUGAGUGUAGAUUAUUUGAAAGUUCACUUAAAAAGGCAGUGAGAUGUUAUUACUCUAAAGAUGAUUUCAAGCUUACAUCCAAUUGAGGAUAUCUGGAUACUGGAGAGAAUAUCUGUGGAAAACAUCAGUUGCUUAGACUUCACUCUUGUGUAAUAACAUCUCAUUGUAAAAAGAGAUCACUUAAUAUGGACCUGUGGAAUAAUGUUAUUGUAAAACUUGAUGUGCACACUAAACAAAUAAAAACUGAAGAUUUACAGGAUGUUAUGCAGAUUGUUAAGAAAACUGCAACUAUUAUGAAUGAGCAAUUAGAUGAAAGUUGCACAAAAAUUUUAGCAAAACUAUGGCACCAUUUGACUUCUGAACUCGAUCAAUUUGAUGAUCAAUUGCUUUGCUGUACUUGUUUUUAUUCAGCACUUAGCAAUUCUAAAACACAGGAGUGGUAUUUGAAUAAAGCGUUGCAGAUAAUAAAUCAAGAAAUAUUUUUGAAACAAUUAAAAAGUGAUGAAAAAAGUAAUACUUCCAUAGCAGUAUCAUUAUGCUAUGGUAUGUUUCAGUCUUCAUAUCUUACACAUCAUAGAGAUAAACCUCUAAAGGAAGUAGAAAGUCUGUUAAACGCAACAUUUGAGUUAAUGACGUUAAUGGCAUAUGAUUAUUCUCAAUACACAUUUAUUGUUUUUAAAAUUAUGACUGCAUUUAAAAAAGCAAUCAACACUCCAUUCCAAGAAAUAUUAUUUACCACAGAAAGGAAAAUAAAACUGCUCAAUGUAGUUAAUCACAACUGGGAAAAUCCCAUAACUGGUGUGAGAAAUUUAAAUCGAAUUAUAUUUCAAAUGGUGUUACUAGUACUUGAUAAAGAUAUGUAUGAAAAAGUAUUAAUUGAAAUUAAUGGAUUUUAUUGGAACAAAGCUAAAUAUCUUAUGCUUACUGAGAUUAUUGAACAUGAUAACAGUAACAUUGAAGAUUUAGUUGUAAGAAACCACUGGAUUCAUGGUUUGGUGAAAAGUUUGGGUAAUCCUGGAUUGGUUUCGGCUGGUGCUGAUAUGUAUUAUUCAAUUUUGAAAAAACUAAUUUCAGAAAAUAGUUGGAUAAAACUAUUUCUAAGUAAUAUUAUGGAAAUAUUAACUGGAAAAUCAGUUAAAGCUAUUGAAAACUUUACUAACUAUUGGUGCUUAACAACCUUUAAGAAAUUCCCAACAUUGGCACACAUUCUUAUUGGGGAACUAAAAAUUGUAAAUGACACUGAUUUAAGCUUAUUUAAGCUUCAUAGCUGGAUUUCUCUAACAAAACAAGCUAAUAAAUUGGCAUUAAUUGAUAGAACAUGGUCAGAUGAAAAUGGCGAAAUGGUGAUUUCUUGUUUGGAACACUCUAAUACAUCAGUGAGGAUGUUAGCUUUUGAAAUUGUUUGUGUAUCCCACAAAAAAGGAUUGCCACCUGACAUUGAAUUUCAGGAAGUGUUAAAGUUUUUACACAAUAAUGUAAAUUCAGAUUGCACGGUACUAAGGUUAAGUACAUUAAAUAACUUAGCAAACUUCUUUAUAACAUUACAUACUUCAUUUAUAAAUUAUUAUAAAAACGGAGAAGAGCUUCAUGGUUUACUAAACUUUUGCAAAAAGUUGCAGAUGUUUAUUAUCGAAUCUUUAAAUCUGAAUGGUAAUUAUCAACGGAAAAUCACAACUGUGAAAAUCGCACACUUAAUGUUAAAACAUUUUAAUGAAGUUCCAAGAAAGAAGCAGAAACAAACUAGAGACGCUAGCAAAUGUUUAAUUGGUUAUUUGAAAGAAAACGAUCAUUGGUUGCUGAAUUCAACAGAUUAUAUCAUGAAACUUAUAAGUUUAUUAAAAGAUCCUGCUUCUGAUAUACAUGAUUGUACUCUUCAACUGUUGUUAGACUUUUAUUUGCCAGAUAUAAGUGACACAAAUACAAUGAACCAUUUAAUAGAAGAGAGUUUCAAAUGCAUGAAAAGUAAAUUUUUCUUUGAAAUCAGUUGUGGGUUAAAUAUAUUUAAACUUAUUAUUAACGUUCUAAUACAGAAAAAGUCUGUUGUAGCUGAGUUUAGAAAUAUUGAAGAUGUUUUCAAGUUUGCAUAUAAUGAAAUUAAUACAGAAUACAAUGCCAAAACAAAUGUAGUUGAAUCCAUAGCAAGUGGCAAGCAAAUGCAUUCAUUUUUGAGUCUAAUGUACAUAAUUUUUGAUGUUAUUAUUAAAAAUUCUUAUAAAAUGAAGAUACCGAGUGAUACCAUGAUUAUAAUGUUAAAUAUUAUAAAAAGUAUUUCUAAUGAGUUUGCUUGGGAAGGAGACACAAAUACUAGUUCAGAUUUUCUCAAAAUGAAUGACAAAAUAUUGUCUUUAAUUAAAAAAUCUAACUUCGGCAAAAAUACAAACGAUGAAAUAAAGAUUUCAGGUUUUUACCAAAUUGUUUUAAAUUGCUUGUGGUUGAAUGUUAAGGCAUCAUGUGAAUUAGCAGCAAUUUUAAUUCAAUAUAACAAAGACGAUGCACAACUUUGUGAAGAAAGUUUAAAUAUUAUUGCACAUGUUCUUGAAACAUCGAGACAUAAAGGUGCAAUAGAGGCAGCUGGUACUGCACUUGGUCAAGGCAUUCGAUAUCUAACAGCUUCAGAAGUCGAAUUUAAUGUGUCUGAAUUGCCUUUGUCUUUACUAAAAAGAAAAUUAGAUGAACUCCUACUUGAAACGACUAAGAUGUCAUCUGUUACUAGACGAGGCGCGGGUCUAUCUAUAAUGAUUCACAGAAUAGUUAGCAAUGAUGUUAAAAAAGGAAAACCUUUGUUUCAUUAUUUCAUGAAAACAAUACUUAUCACUUGCAACAACGCACAAGAGACUUGUAUUGAAGAAAGUAAUGCAGAGAAAGAUUUGCCAAAAGCAAUUUAUAUACAUUUCUUAACGAGAAUUGUUAUGGACAGUAGUUUAGCUUCGGACAUGAUGUACUACUCCGCUGAAUUGGUUGAACUUGCAUUUAAUAAUCUUACUAAUCCGCAGUGGCAAAUAAGGAACGCAGCAUUGCAGUUGUAUGGCGCUCUGAUUCCAAAACUGAUUGGUCAAAAAAAGCCAACUGGGACAGAUGAAAUAUUAUCAUCUGUGGCUUGUGACGAGUUUAGAACACAUUCUAUAAAACUAUGGAAUUUUAUAAUCCAACAAUUAAAAACCGAUACACACAAAGAUGUUAUUAAUGCACACUCCAAUUUAGUGCCAAUAUUGAAUACUUUGGCAAACUUUGCACAAAGAUACAACUUUUCUUAUGAUUUGGAUGAUCAAAUUGAUUCAGAUAUGAAUUUGCUACCAAACAUUUUGACUCUUUUGGGUAGUCCGAUAUAUACAGUAAGAAGGCUAACGGCAAAAGCUAUUCUAAAUAUAUACUCAUUUGAAAUAAUAUUGAAUAAUAUCAAAAAGGUAACGAUCGCUUCAGAAAAUUAUCUUCAUGGAAUUCUUAUGGUAAUUGGAAAUUGUUAUGAUCUUUACUCCAAUGAGGAAUUACAUAAAAAUCAACUGGAUUCCGUGAGAAAUGAGUAUUGUAAAAUUUUAUCAAAAAGAACUCCUUCUUGUUUGUGUCAAUGGAGUUUGGAAAAAUUGUUUUCUGAAAAUAUCCCAGAAAUAACCAUUGAUGUAAUUAAAAAUAUUUUAACUGAAGGUACAACUAAAUGUUAUGAACCUGGUGCUUUUCUGUGGAUGAAUCAAAAAAUUGAAAAAUGUUUACAAAACAUGCCAUGGAGCAUUCUACCAGAAGUUAUGUCAUUACUAAUGAAUACUCAGGAUUUUGAAAUUUACAUUAAAAUAAUACUACACAGGUUAAAAAAUUGUGAUAUUGUACCAGAAAAGGUCCUUGUACAUGCAAGUGAUGUUUUGUUAUCUUCAAACACAAAGAACAAAACUUCUGUGAUAUGGAAAACACUAUAUUACAUAUCUCUCAAAAUACAUUCCAAUAUACAAAUACCAAGUUGCUACUUACAAGAUCAUUUAAGCUAUAAUGUUUCAUACAAUACAAGGUAUUUGGUUCCUUAUGCUACAAGGACCUUUGCAGCACAAGGGAAUAAUGCAAAUUUAUUACUGUGCUCAGAAAAUAUAUUUCUGAUGUGUAACCCUGAAAAUAAUGAUAUUGAUAUGAGAUAUACAGCUGCAAUAGCGAACAAUGAGCUUGCAAAUACAUUCGCCAGUUGUAGUGAUGACAUUAAAAUAAAUGCUGUUAAAUCUGCUGUGAUACUUCUCCAAGAUGAAGACGAAGACAUAAGGGACUUGAGUGUAAUGUUUUACAAAAUACUAACACAUCAAAAUGUGGCCAAACAUUCGUUUGUUUGUUUAAAUAAAAUACUAAAGAAAAAAUUUUUGUGUGCACAAUUCAAUGACUCGAUAACAAGUAUUCAAAGUAUUUGUAAAGAUUUGUUAGAUUUUAUAGAUUGUUUCAGUAAUAGUAAAUCUGACAAAUUGAAUCCAUUUGCUAACGAUUCAAAAAAUAUCUAUCUCGAAAUUAAUACAGUAAAGCAAUUAUUGAUGAGUUUAACUGAUGAAAAUGAAUAAAAUGGUUUUGGAAAUUAAGAA